AUGAAGAACGUCGUUCCCCUCCUGGCGCUCGCCGCCGGCGCCCAGGCGACUUUCCCCAUCUUUGCCCCUCCCUUCAGCUGCCCGGCCAACACGGAUAACAAGUGUCUGCCGAACCAGUUCAAGGGCUUCGACUUCGCUGAUCUCAACAUUGGCGAGUUUUUCAAUUACAACGACUUCAACUUCCGUGGCUGGAAGUGCGAGGACGAGAUCGAGCAGCGUGGCCGCUUCGCUGUCCGCACCGGCAGGAAGGUCAUCGGCGGUGUCUGCAGCUCUGAUAAGAAGAACUCGCCCUCCUUUGGCUGCGGUCCCAAUAUUGACAAGUUUUCUCUGGGCCACAUCGUCGUGAAGCCCGAGUUCGAUAUCGACCUCGAGUUCCACUACGACAUGCCUGAUGGCUCUGUCUGCAAGCAGCGCGCCCCCUGCAAGAAGUCCGGUACCAAGGUCGUCAACAAGCAGUGCGGUGGUGCCAAGAAUGUCACCAUCAUUGUUCCUCCUCAGAAGGACAAGCCGAAGCCGACGUGCAGCAUCAAGGUUCCCACCAUCUCCUUCGACUGCAACACUCCCACCAGCACUCUUCCUCCCAAGACUCGCACUACCGCCACUCCCCCGCCGGUCACUACUACGACUACCCAGUCGUCUGUGAUCGUUCCUCCAGCUGAGACCACUGCCACUCCUGAGGAGAGCAGCACCAGCACUGGUGACGUUCCGGCCAUUACCCCGCCUGCCGAGGAAACCACUAGCGCCUCUCCUGCGGAUGAGACCAGCAGCACCACUUCGGCGGAUGAGACCAGCUCCAGCUCCAGCGACGUUCCUGCUACUACCUCGGCCGAGGAGACCACUACCAGCACCGAGUCUCCCGAGACUCCUGCGACCAGCGCUGUCGUGACUACCGAGACUAUUACCACCAGCUACCAGACCACCUCGACCAUCUUCACCACGGAGACCAAGACCAUCACUCAGUGCGAGCCUACCGUUACGAGCUGCCCGGCCGGCACUCCCUCGGUCACUACUACCGUCGUCACUAUUGCCAUCUCGACCACUGUUUGCCCCGUCACCGAGACCCUGACGACGGUCGUUAGCAGCAAUAUCCCUGUCGCCACCUCCGAGGCUUCUUCUAGUGUCAGCCCGACCUUCACUACCAGCUCGGUCAAGCCGGUCGAGACCGUCCCGGUCCCCGAGCUCGUCCCGUCCUGCCUCAACACCUUCUUGUACCUGGUUAGCUGCGCCGACAACACUGACGCCGAGUGCUACUGCCCCAAUGCCGAGUUCGUCAAGAACGUCUAUGAGUGCUUCUAUGCUCACGGCAAGACCGACGAGAUCAUCUCCGAGGCCGUCACCUUCUUCCAGGGCAUCUGCGGCAAGUGGGCUCCCGAGAACCCGGCCAUCGCUACCGAUGCCACCGUCACCUCCUACAUCACCGUCACUGCCACCCCGACAGUCGUUCCUGUCUAUACUACCAUCGUCGUCGACAUCACCACCGUCGUGCCUUGCACCGAUGAGGCCGGCAGCACCAUCCCGAGCUCGUCAACUACCGUUACUGUUUCGACCUCGCUCACUGUCCCGCAGGUCGACUUCACCACCGCCCCGGCUGGUAACGUCGACCUUGUUCCUAUCACCAGCGAUGCUCCGGUCGUCCCCGAGCCCACUACUACUACUACCUUCGGCAUCCCGACCAGCUCGGCCACGGGCACCGGUGCCCUCUUCCCGACCACCACUGCUCCCGUCUUCGUCGGAGCUGGCGAGCGCGUCGGUGCUAGCUUCGGCAUGGCCGCUGCCGUUGCGGCCAUGGCCGUCUUUGCUCUGUAA